AUGAAGCUCACCAUCGCCUCUGCUAUCCUUGCGGCAAGCUCAGCCCUUGCUGUUCCUACCACCAAGCGAAGCAGCUUCCUAGCGAUCACUGACUUUACUGCCAUUGCGGGUCCCUCGGACCCUGGAGCAUCUAUGCAAUUCGUCGUCACCGACCCCAAGUACCCGAAUGACACACCAACAGACUGUAACUUGAUCUGGGACUACGGGCAAUCGCCCAAGUCAACUGCUCGUUGCAAUGAUGGAGAGUACUAUAUCAAAUUUCCCCAGGGUGCUCCGAACUUCAACCUCUUUACUUUAGAGCUCCAGAGAGUCAAUGGCUCUAUCCCUGAGAAUGGCCGGGCUGUGCUGAACUCUAAUGCCAAUGGUAGUGCUCCUGGAACGAAGUGGAUUUGCCAGGAUAACCCACAACCCGAGGUGGAGAUUAAGUGUGCCUACAACGGUACUCUUUAUAUGUCCGUUUAA